CAACUAAGUCGUGAGAAGGAGUGGGCGUGCCAUGGCAUGCCCCAGUGGAACUCACAGAUGGGUACGGGGAACGGUCGCUGUAGUGGAUGAGAUCACAGUCUGGAGGGACGCUUGAAGGAUAAUUGUGUGUGGUGACCCUGGGGAGGGGACGCUGCGGCUGAAAGUUAAAUAGCAAACAGUAUGCCCUCAGGAGGUAGUGUGGACUGACCUGUAGCAGGGAAAAUGGUCCGUAGGAACCUGAGAGAAACCCAGCGUGGUGGCGCUCGCCUUUAAUCCCAGCAUUUGGGAGGCAGAGGCAGGCGGAUCGCUGUGAGUUCGAGGCCAGCCUGGUCUACAAAGUGAGUCGAGGACAGCCAGGGCUACACAGAGAAAUACUGUCUCAAAAAGCCAAAAACAAAGACCCUCAUAUAUUGAGGUGCGGGGAGGAUGCCUUUGGCUUAGCCCUAAAGUUACUACCCAUUUUAAUUCUCUUACAGUUUUGCUAUGAGUUGCAAAAGCCAUGGUGAAAUGUCGCUCAGCCAUUGGAUGUGCUUCCCGCUGCUUGCCAAAUUCCAAGUUAAAGGGACUGAUCUUUCAUGUAUUCCCCACAGAUGAAAACAUCAAAAGAAAAUGGGUAUUAGCAAUGAAAAGACUAGAUGUGAAUACUGCAGGCAAUUGGGAGCCUAAAGAAGGAGAUAUGCUCUGCCCGGGGCACUUCAAAAGGGCAGAUUUUGACAGAAGCACUCCAAAUACUAAACUCAAGCGAGGACUCAUCUCUUCUACCUUUGAGUCCCUGUGGCACUUACAGCAGAAAAAAGAAAAAGUUAAUUGUAGAAAAACUUCAUUCUCAAAACCUUUCAAAGUCACUAGCCACGGUCACCAGCUUGUUGGUGCCUCAUGCAUUGAAGAAUUCCAACCCCAGGCAUUUUUAUAAGAACCUGGCUACAGUGGUAUGGACAGUCCUAAGAAACUUAAGCAUAAGGUAGGUCACAUGAUCAUCAAGCUAGAUGUGCAGAAGGUUUUGGACCAAGAAAAACACCUUCAAAAAUCAUUGAGGAAAACAAUCGAGGAAUUAAAGGAGGAAUCUCUGAUCAGCCAAGAGGCAGCCAAUGGAUUGGAUACUUUCUGUUGCAAGUGCUGUCAUGAAAACACAGGAUGA